AGUUCCCGGUUUAACGAGGGUUUCCAAAUGCGUCGUGACGCGCCUCCGACGUCAGGAUGGACGGAAGUGAUGCGCACAGUGUUUUUCCUCGGUCAGCUAAUCCGUCUUGAUGAUGCAAAAUGUCUUUAAAUCUGAUCACCACAACCAUCAUGCUGCUGCUUCUCUGAAACUCACCUCUCUUCAUUUUGAUCAUUAAUCUAUUUUUUUUUUCCCCGACAUGGAUCCGUCCCGGAGGAGCGAGGCUGACUGGCAGGGACUGAUCAACGAGUUCCUGAUUUGUAAGCGGAAGUUGGAAAGUAAGAAAGAAGCUCUCCUGAUCCUGUCUAAGGAGCUGGACACCUGCCAGCAGGAGAGGGAUCAGUACAAACUGAUGGCCAACCAGCUCCGUGAGCGACACCAAGGACUCAAGAAGAAGUACAGAGAGCUCAUUGAUGGAGAUCCCUCUCUGCCUCCUGAGAAAAGGAAUCAAGUGAAUUUAGCCCAGCUCCUGAGAGACUCCAGAGAAAAAAGCAGCCAACUCUCUGAUGAAGUGAAGGAGCUGAAACAAAGACUGGCAGAAGCUCAGGGUGAUAACAAGCUCCUACGAAUGACCAUCACCAAACAGAGGCUGGGUGACGAGGAGGUCGGCACUCGCCACUUUCCUGCACAUGAGCGAGAGGAUCUGGUCAGACAAUUAGAAAGAGCUCGAGAACAGAACGAGGUCCUGGAGCACAGUGUGAAGUCGCUCACAGACGAGCUGCAGGACGUACGAGCAGAGCGCGACGUGUUUCAGCAGAAGGCUCAUCGUCUCAACGUGGAAAUGAACCACAUCAUGGGAAACGACGAGAUACGGAUUUUAGACAUAGAUGCACUCUGCAUGGAGAACAGGUAUUUGCAUCAGCGUUUCAGUCAACUUCAAGAAGAAGUCAGCUUGCUCAAAGCAAAUCUGGUGAAGUACAAGAGUGCCCUGGAGUGCAAAAAAACCUCUAAAAUCUCUGGGAAAGCCAACAGUAGUGCACUGACCGGGGUGCUGUCUGCUAAACAAGUCAAAGAAUUGUUGCUGUCUGAAGAAAACGGCUGCAGUUUGCCGGUGACUCCUCAGUCCAUCUCUGACCUCAAAUCUCUCGCCACAGCUCUACUGGAAACCAUCCAUGAGAAGAAUAUGGUGGUUCAACACCAACGGCAGAUCAACAAGAUUCUUGGAACUCGAGUAGCAGAGCUGGAGAAUAAACUAAAAACAUUAGAAAUGUCUGGAUUAUGGAGCCUGCCAGGCCUGACUUAUAAUGUGUCUCUGGGAGUAUAUGGAAGAGGGAAGAGAGACGCCAUCAUCCUGAACGCUCAGCAGAAGGAGUCGACUCAGUCGCCUGGACAGGAAGGUGAUAAAGAGUCAGAAAAAAUAUCCUCCACAGAAGUCCCAAACCAAGAGAGUGGACCACCAGCUGUGUCAUGUGGAGAGGAAGAGGAGCUUCAUGAGGAGGCACCGUCGCCAUCCAGCGAGGAGAGGUGCCACCAGAAGCCUUCAGACCAGUCAGCUGAGGAAGAGCCAAAGACACCAGACAGCGAAGAGUGUCACGACGGCGUAAAGUAUCAUGACAGCGGCCAAUCAGAGAUCACAAUUGAUUUAACGGCUUUAACGAGUCAUGAGUCGGAAGAAGAGGAGUGCCUGAGUGAUUCCUCUGCCACGGUGCCAGAUGUGAACACAGAGCAUCUGUCAGAACUCUGCCACCAAACUUUAGAGAACUCAGGAGGAAGAGAGGAUGAGUCGGAUGAGUACACUGAAGGGGUGGAAAGUGCUGAAACAGAGUGUAUUAUAACAGAGGAAAGUAUCUUUAUCGCUGGACCAUCUACCGCUACGACAAAGUCUGCUGAAGGACCAGAGGAUGUUUGCUCAAACCAGGAGACAGAGCUGUCAGAAGAGACAGAUGUUUGUGUUUGACAGGAGAUUCAAGAAUAGGGAAGAUGAGGAUGGGUGCUGUAUUUAUAAUACGAUGCCAUUUUAUUCAUUUUAGUGGAUAAUUUUUAAAAAAUCAGUAAAGAAAAUUAAUGGCCACUGCAUCAAAUCCAAGAAAUAUCUAAAUGUAUCAAUAUACCCAGGUCAAAGUAGUAAGAAUGACUCCCAACCAAACAACUGUCACUCACUGAUCAACUGUGCUUUCACUUGAUCCACUUUAGUUUUCUUAAACUUAAAUAAAUAAAUUACAUAUGGCCCAAAUAUGUCAACACCAGAAUAUAAACACAUAUGUGUGAUUGUGCUGCUACGACAGCCUGCACUCUCAAAUGAUUGUUUGUUUUCCACAAUUUUCUGGAACCUGGCAGGAAAUCAGAAGUCAGUGAGGUCAAGUCAAGUUCUUCCAAAAACCAAACCGAGGACGAAAACAUUUUUCUUAUGGACCUCCUUUUUGUGCACAAAGCGUUGUUGCAUUGUUCCCUGCAAAGUCUGAAGCUUGUGUACAUGUCAGAGAUGGAGAAAAUGUGAUUUAUGGUGAUAAAAAGUAACA